UAUUCCUAUACAGGCGGUAAAGAUAUUGCGUUCGGUGACUAUGGCCCUGGCUGGAAAUUCCACCGCAAACUGUUCACAACAGCCUUGCGCCAAUAUGUCUCAGAUAUUCCUUUGAUCGAAAAACGAAUCUCAGGACAAGCCAAGAAACUGGUACAAUUCGUGGAAGAUCAACACGACAAACCGUUUGAUCCCACGAAUUGUCUGAUGCAAAGUGUUGCUGAUGUUAUCUGUGGAAUCACCUUUGGUGAAGGCUAUGACACUACGCAUCCAGAUUUGAAGGAAUUAUUGCGACUCUGCGAACACGUGGUGAAAAAUGAAGACGUAGCUCAGUUAGUAACUAUGUUAGAUUUCUUUCCAUUCUCAAGAUAUCUGCCCAUCAAGGCCUACGAUCGCUUUAUCCAGCCUUUCUUUGAAAUGCAUGACAUAAUUCGAAAAUUUUUGAGACAGAGAGAGGACAAUUUUGACCCAACAGAGCCUGUGGAAGAUUUCAUCUCUGGGCUUCUUUUCGCUAGAAACGAGGCUGAGUUUAACAGCGACGCUGAGCGAUCAGAUUUUCUCAGUGACGACUAUUUGGUAAAUGCUGUUCAAAACAUGUUCGGAGCCGGCUACGAAACAACGACUACCACACUAAAAUGGGUCAUCGCUUUCUUAGUCAACUAUCCUGAGUACCAAGUCCACAUUCAGCGUCAACUAGAUGAGGUACUCUUUAGGCGUGGUCCCUCCCUGUUCGAUCGCCAAAACCUUCCCCUCAUUCAAGCUACCAUCAUGGAAGCUCUCAGAGUCGGAAAUGUGGGCCCACUAUUAUUACCUCAUGUCACCACUACUGAUACGACGCUCUGUGGCUACCGCGUUCCCAAGGAUACUAUCGUGUUUCCAGACGCUGAAUCUGUCCACCUAGAUCCCAAAUGCUGGGAAGACCCGACCUUGUUUAACCCAUACCGCCAUAUUGAUGCAAACGGCAAGUUGAUGACCAACCAGGGUAAUUUUUACCCUUUUGGAGCUGGUCGUCGGGUCUGUGCCGGGGAAACUUUGGCUAAAAUUGAGUUGUACCUCUUUGUCUCCUGGUUAUGUUAUAACUUCACCUUCGUCCCUGAAAUAGAUGGCCACCCACCAAGUCUGAAGGGAAUUCUAAGCAUUACGCAGUUUCCUGCUCCGUACAAAAUACGCGCCAUAAAAAGACAUCUUAAUCUAAGCGCUAACUGAAAUAUUCCUAGCAUGCAAUUAAUUUGAGGGAAAGAAAAACUUCAUGGAUCGGUCCGGAAGACAUAUAGUUUUGUACAGAAAAUAAAUUAAAAUUUUUAGGUAACCGCAAAGUAUACGUAUGCUUAUUAGCAUUUCGUAUUGUUAAUAAUGACACACGCUAUUAGCUGGCGAAAACAGCCGACAUUUCGUGACGCUACCACUGGUUUCCCUGUCAGAGGACGUCGUAGCAAUGAAUUCAGAAAUUCCACAUUGAUAACGCGUCACUCUACCCAGAUCUGAAGAUCUAGGUAGUGCACCAGUGAUUGGUCGUGUCAAGAGGGAAAUUUGCCUCAACCAAUCAGAAGCUGACUACCCAGAUCUAGGUGGUAAAGCGUCAUACGUAUAGAAAUUUCUAGGCUCAUUUCUCAGACGUCUUCGCAGGGAAACCAAUAAAGGCGUCGCGAAAUGUCGGUAGUUUUCACAGGCUAUAACGCUAUUCAUUCAUUUGCACUACACGGUGUUUACAUUAUAGCCUGAGACCGCCUGAGACCAGUCUCUCUUGUGUGGUAAAGGACUAAGACGAAGCUGCGCGCAAUCUUGGACAAGAAUUAAAUAGCAUGCGUCGGCUUUUCUAUGCGUUUAGUUAGUUAGGAGUGGCGCAAUGCAAAGAAAAUGAGGGAAACAGAGGGAUACUGGUGGUAGCGGCAAGGGAACGCGUUCCCUCCCCCCCCUCCCCCCGUUCAUUUUCACUUUUUUCGCGCCUCUUUUUACCUCGCGCCUCUCCUAACUUUCUGAACGCCUCGAACAUAUAGAAUACGUAAACCCACUCCCCCCGAAAUCAAUGACGGAAUCCGCGCCAUGGUCAAUACGAUCAAUUUUCGCUUUCUUGAGAAUCCAGACCCAAUGAUGAGAAGUGUGUGGAUAUUUGAAGAGAAAGCAUUCGAGAAGGGAUUCUCCUCACUUGCGAAAAACGCGCACAAGUUUGCGGAGCAACUGGGGACUAGUUUGACUUUGGCCACUUUCGAUCCAUUAUGCAGCACUCAGCAGGCCCCAAAGAAGAGGAUCAGUAGAUAUCAGGUGAGACAAAUGAUCUUAGGAAAGAUGUAGAAGAGCAGCUUAAGGAGAAUAUGGAAGACUAGAGAUGGCAAGGACGUCUGCUGUGGACCACACCAGGUGGGAAGACGACCAGCUGAGUGAACACGGCUGUUUCGCCUGGUUGAGUGGGUGGGCGUGCGCUCCCACUCAUACUAUCGCAGUGGGUUAUGGAACUUUAUGAGCAGCUCUUACCAACCCGAGUUUAUGCAGCUUUUAAGACGGGUACUUCAGAACAAAUGUAAUUAACACCAUGUGCAGAAUGUGCGGUUAGGUAUACCAGAAAGCCUUGCUCACGUUUUGGGGCGAUAUUUAUCGCUGGCGCAGACUAAGUAUAUGGAAAGGCUUAGUGCUGCACUAAAGGUGCUGUUCUUUGCCAUGCUGAGGGACCUCAAGCUUGCCGACUCUGUUCCUCCUUGGGGACAGUCUAAGGAGCUAGAUGUCGAGAUGAGUAAGAUCUGUGGUGCGCGAUCGAGUGAUAUUCUGAAGAGGAUGUAGAAGGCUGCUCUGCCCAGCUCGCUAAACAUUGCGCAGACAUUAAACGUUAUUACUACGUAAGGCCAUGGACCCGCAUUUCAAGUAUGGUAACAUAGAUAGGGGACAGUAUAAACUUUAGGUUUGUCCAUAGUAUUUCAUUUUUAUCAAACAAAUCUCGGCCAUUAGUUUUAUAUAAUGCAUAUAUCGAUAUGGGAUUGCAUAGGCCUAGCUACUUUUUUUCAUUAUGUAAACCUUGUUUGCAAUAGUUUUAGGAUUACCGUAGGAUUAUUUUAAUUGCACCAGUGUAAAUUUAGCUCGUUCAUCACCUUUUUAGUGUUUAAUUCCUGUAAAGCAGCGUGAGCUACGCUUUGACCACUCAAAGUUAUUGUAUUUUUUAAAUUUUUUUUUUAGUUAUUGUAUUAUUUAAUUUUGUACGCAUGCAUGCGUUGUAAACUACUACUACUACUACUACUACUACUACUACUACUACUACUACUACUACUACUACUACUACUACUACUACUACUACUACUACUACUACUACUACUACUACUACUACUACUACUACUACUACUACUACUACUACUACUACUACUACUACUACUACUACUACUACUACUACUACUACUACUACUACUACUACUACUUUUACUACUAUUACUACUACUAAUAAUAAAAAUAAUAAUCUUAUUCCUCCUAAAUGUUUAGUCUAGGAAGUCAAGGAUACAACAGAAAAGAAAUGUCUGACCACCUAAGAAAUAUAUUACAAACACACUACUGGUGGAACAUUUUAUUGCUCUGUUUUCCGAAUAUCUUUGAUUGUAACCGUUACUUUUGGCAGUUGCCAGAUGAUUGGUUCGCAAGUGGCGGGAAACUCUGAGUAACAGUAAAUGUUCAAUAUCUAAUCCACUUCCACCAGUCUACUUGUAUUCUGUUUUAGUUCAACUAUUCAGCACUCUUGUAGUCGAUGAGGACAUCACUCUGGUACUUCGUUAAGAAAUAGAUUCAGAUAUAUUAGAUAUUAAAAAAGACAAAAUACGAUAUUCAGAAAUAAGCCUAUUUACAAGUACAUUCUUCAAUUCUUCGUUCUUCCUAGGUAAUGGGAAGAGGAAGGGAUGUAUACAGUAGCGGAUUCAGACUUUCAGAUAAGGGGGGAGGGGACAGUCUCAAAAAGCAAAUUUUUUCCUCCCUUCGGCCGUCAGUUUGGUCGAAAAAUAGGGGGCAGGCCCCCCGGGCCCCUCCCCCUAGAUCGGCCACUGCGUAUAUAGGAAGAUCCGUCUUCUCAACUGAUCUAGGAAGAUCUAAGGGCGUCCUCUUAAAUCACAGGGUACGAAUGACUUGGUGAAGAGCGACAAAGGGAUCGAAGGGAGAGGAGAAUUAUAGGGUAGGGGUGGGAACAAACUCUCCACAACCCUCCCCCCUCCCCAUCCCUCAGUGCUAAAUAUUUUGAUCAGUUGAUGACCACUCAAAGUUAUUGUAUUUUGUUUUUGUUAAUGAUAUUGUAUCUCGCUGUAUGCUGCCGGGAGCGUAAUGUAAAUUAAUUGUUUGGUAAAAGCGCUUAAAAAGAAGAGAAAAAUUAUUUAUUGCCUAGAUCUAACAGUGAUCUCUAUUACUUGUUUGAACUUGUAAUGAUUGCUGGUAAAUUCAUGAAAGCGUUGGAGUAUAUAUAUAUAUAUAAAAAAUGAUUAUUUCUGUUUUUUUUCUUACAAUCACGUUUGCGUGACUGCUAUUGCAUAAAUCACUGUAAAGCAAUAUUGUCCACUUGACAAAAGGCUUUAGAGAUCUUUGACAUAUUUUACGAGCAUAAUGCAUUCAUUUAGUCAUCGGUCAGCCUAUACUUGACUCACUAGAUUGAGCAUAUCUGUUUCGCGCAAUUUCGUAGUCAUGCUGCUGAUAGUCGAUCUAAUUUAUCGUUUUACCAGUCUUGGGAAUGUUUUUCUGCUGUUACCUCUGCUGUUCCUUCUUCAUUACCUGAUGGUGCUGUACGAGUUCAGAAACAUGCCUCCUGGUCCUCGCUUUACGGCUCUCCCUGUGCUUGGAAACAUAUUUAGUCUUAAGUUCAGAGCGGAUAAAUUAAGCGACCGUUUUCGAAGGUUAGUAUAAUACGAAUCCAUAAUAUAUAUAUACACUAUAGACUAUAUUCAUAAAACCUAUAGCCGGGAAAUUUUAUUAUGUAUUUGAUCUGUACCAGUAAUCAUGCACGUUCAAUUCUUCAGUGUCCCUUUCUGAAAUAGUGAAAGCGAACUCUUAGAGUUUUAGUGCGGUAUUGUAAAAACGUGUUAUCGCUGUGCGACUUUUAAUGUCAUAGUUUUCAUUGAAAUAACUUGGAUUAUAGACUGUAAACAGAUCCUUAUUUUUCCCUACGCUCUUCGUGAUCGAGAGCUUAUUAACGAGCUGCCAUCUUGGUUUCAAAAGUACAAGUGGAAGGGGAGGGGCUAGUCGGGGUUCAUAGCGGUGGGGGGAAAGGCUUGAAAAAUAAACAUUCUAUUUGAGUUUUGCUAAGACCAAUUUAUCUUUUUGAGCUUGUAUGUUCUGCUUUUCCACUUCAGAUCAUGUGAUGUUAGCCCAGCGAAAUGUUUCUUUCAAAUGUCGCUCUUUCCACACUGUAUGCAUAUGUGUGCAUAACUAAUAAAUCGACAAAAGGCAAAUUCCUUUCUGCAAGCAUCACGUUGUCUGAAUUAGAAAAAUAAAACUCAUAAGUAGACUACGACAAUAUUAAGUUUCUAUGUUCACACGCCACUGAAAGAAUUUUCGACCGGUUGAAAAUUAUCAUUAUUAUUAUCAUCAUUAUCUAUUCACUACAUGAAAAAGAUUUACGUACUGUUCCCAGCUGGUAUGAAAACUUAAACUUUUUCCUUCAUUGGUUCAAAUGGUUGGUUUUUUUACAUGCCUGUUUAUCAACUUAUUUUCCCCCAGCACAUUUUUUGAUCCUGAACCCUACUUUGAAUUGAAAUUGCAGCCUUCGACAAAACUACGGUGGUGUUUCCUCCCUGAAAAUAGGAAGCCACAAGCUGGUGAUGGCUUCAACACCGGAGGCAGUCAAAGAGAUACUCGUGACAAGAUCCGCUGAUUUUGCGGGGAGACAACGCACAUAUUCUGUGAAAGAACGAACCUUAGGUAUGCUGGUUCUAUGUAUCGCAAUCCAAGGCAGUUUGUGGAUUCCAGGCACUGGAUUAACUGGAUAGAUCUUAUUCACGAUACCCGCCAUCUUUGCAUGCGCCUUAGGAUCGAUGGGAUAUUAGCAAUGUCACGUGGUUUCUCAACGAGUAAUCGCGGUCGAAUUUGUUUAUUCAAUCAACAGAAGACGGCGAUUUAAUACUCAUUCAAAAUGUAAAGUUCGAGUUUCGACAAGUUUUACGUCAUUAUUACAUACUGAAUGGACAUAUACGGUUGCUAUUGCUUCCAGAUAACGUACAAUGAACACUUUCACUAAUAACUUGCCAUUAGCGUCUUCAAGAUAAAAAGUUAUUCAUUUUUUGGUGUACUAUGUAGAAUAAACAAACUCGACCGCGAUUUAUUGUAUUGGCAGAUUUUAUCACUUGUUUGCUCCCCCCGGGGGGGGGGGGGGCUACUCGAUAUAUCCUUGGGUGAGGUGCGGCUCGGCCCCUCAUACCCUGACCCUGUUUAAGACAAAAAUCGCUGAUUUUCCUACCCUGUUUAAGACAGAAUUCUGAUUUUUGAUACCCAGUUUAAGAAUUCGUAGAACAUAAGUGCAGGCUCUUUAUCGUCGAAGAACAGGCUUAUGGGCCCCUGUCUAAGAAAAGAUACCCUGUUUAAGACAAAAAUUGAUAAAAUCAAUACCUGUUUAAGACAAAAAUCCCGAAAAACAUACCCUGGCUGGCAGCACGUCCUCAUUAAGCCCUUAUAAGGGUAGGUGAUUUCAUGUCAGCUUUGCUUCGAGCCAGGAACGACUUCCAAACAGAAUGUGUGAGUGACGAAGAAAGGGCUGCUCUUCUUUCCGACGACUAUUUCGUGUCUUGUAUGGAGGACAUGUUUGUCGCUGGCUACGAAACCACCAGCACCGUACUAAGAUGGAUCAUGAGUUUCUUGGCUCAGCAUCCACAGUAUCAAGUGGAUAUGCAGAACCAGAUGGACGAAGCAGUCGGAGAUCGCAGGCCCUCCUUGAAUGACCGUACAAAUCUGCCUCUCGUUCAAGCUGCAAUCUUAGAAGCACUGAGACUUGGAAAUGUCGUACCUCUCGCAGUCCCUCAUGUUGCAGUUACUGAUACAAUCCUAUGUGGCUAUCGUGUUCCUAAAGAUACCAUCGUUUUUGCUGACACAGAGUCUGUCCACCUAGAUCCCAAGUGUUGGGAAGACCCCACCCUGUUUAAUCCAUACCGCUAUAUUGAUGCAGAUGGCGAGCUGAUGACCAACCAAGGGAAUUUUUAUCCUUUUGGAGCUGGACGUCGGGUUUGUGCUGGUGAAUCUUUGGCGAAAAUUGAGUUGUUCCUGUUUGUCGCGUUGCUGGUUCACAACUUCACCUUC